GCCAGCCAGCCAGUACCUCUGUGGCCCUCGACGUGCCAGUGCCAUGAAGGGCCAGCUCCUCCUCCUCCUCCCGCGCCUCCUGCCCCUCGCCGGCCUCCUGCUGGGGGCGGCGGCGGGCCCGUCGGCGAGGCUCAUUACCGACGAGACGCAAGCUGAGGAGUUCAUGAAGGAAUUGGAUGCCAGAUUUAGCCACGAAUGUAAUUUGGAAAUGACAGCAAGAUGGGAUUACAUCACCGACGUGACCGAUCCAAAUAAGGAAGAUGAAGCUAACGCCGCCGCCGUCAGGUACCUAAGCUUCAAGGGCGAAGCGGCCGCGAACUCCUCUCUGUACGACUACGAAAGCUUCGUCGACGAUCAACUCUACCGUCGCUUCAGGUUCUUGGCCAAGAAGGGCCCCGGCGCUCUCGACCAGCAGGAUCUCGAGGAGUACAAGCUCCUGCAGGCUGGGAUGGAGACGAUCUACAGCACAGCCACCAUCUGCGACUUCCACGAUGACACUGAGUGCGAUUUGACGCUCGAACCCGAUAUCGAACUGAUCCUCGCCACAUCCACCAACUGGGAAGAACUGCGCCAUGCGUGGGUUCAGUGGAGGGAAAAUACCGGAAAAUUGAUGAGGGACGAUUUCAUUCGCUUCGUUGAGCUUUCGAACAAGGCGGCGACGCUGGACGGUUUCGACAACACGGGCUCCUAUUGGCUGAACGGCUACACGGUCACCCAACGAGAAGCCGACAAGUAUACAGGCGGCCAGGCAUUGGACCAACAGCAGUUCAAGACGAUGGCCGAGCAGGCGUGGCAAACGGUAUCUGAAGGACUGUACAAGAAGCUCCAUGCCUACGUGAGGAUGCGUCUCUCCGAAGUUUACCCCGACAAGAUAGAUCCUACGGGGCCCAUUCCAGCUCACAUCCUCGGUAACAUGUGGGCACAAGACUGGUCCAACAUCGCCCGCCACGUGAUGCCCUUCCCUGAGAUGCCCAGUUUUGAUGUCACCGAAAGCAUGGUCAAGAAUGGUUGGGAUAUCCAGCGUAUGUUCGAUUCCGCCGAGGACUUCUUCAAGAGCAUCGGCCUUUUCCCCAUGACGCAAACCUUCUGGGACAAGAGCGUGCUAAACCAGACCGCGUGGGGCCGCACCAUCGUCUGCCACGCUUCGGCCGAGGAUUUCUGUCUCGGGCCCGACGGGGAGGACUAUAGAAUCAAGAUGUGCACCGAAGUCAACAUGGUGGACCUUGUGACUGUCCACCACGAAAUGGGCCACAUCGAGUACUUCAUGGCCUACAAGAACCAACCUCAUGUCUUCAGGGAGUCGGCUAACCCAGGCUUCCACGAGGCGAUCGGCGAUCUCAUCUCCCUCUCGGUGUCAACGCCCACGCAUCUCGAAGACGUCUUGGGACUCACGCCCACGAGGAGCCUCCCGCGAGCCUCUUCCUCCGAGAACAAGGAACUUAGCGACGAGGAAAAGAGGGACCUCAACUUCCUCAUGAAGAUGGCGCUGGAGAAGAUCGCCUUCCUCCCCUUCGGUUACCUGAUCGACAAGUACCGCUGGGGGGUUUUCGACGGCACCAUCACCAGCGAGAACCUGAACGGGGCGUGGUGGCAGCUGAGGGAGGACCUGCAGGGAGUGGCACCCCCCGACGGUGCCAGGGGAGAGGAAUUCUUCGACCCCGGUGCCAAGUACCACGUACCGGCUAACGUACCGUAUAUCAGGUACUUCGUCAGCUUCGUCGUUCAGUUCCAGUUCCACCAGCGACUCUGCCAGGCGGCCGGACAUACGGGUCCUUUGCAUACCUGUGAUAUUUACAACAAUGCAGAAGCGGGACAGAUUCUCAAAUCUGCCUUGGAUCGCGGGUUCUCCCAGCCGUGGCCGGCCGUCCUCCAGGAGCUGGGCGGGUCUUCGGAGAUGGACCCCCAGGCCAUUGUCGCCUACUUCGACCCCCUGAUCCAGCACCUCGACCAGGAGCUCGCCAGCGCCGGCCAGUGCGUGGGCUGGGGAGUUGAUUGUGACGGGGUCAAGGGAGUUUCCUCAACAUCAGAACCCCCCAGCGAGGCUCCCACAACAACAGAACCCCCCAGCGAGGCUCCCACAACAACAGAACCCCCCAGCGAGGCUCCCACAACAACAGAACCCCCCAGCGAGGCUCCCACAACAACAGAACCCCCCAGCGAGGCUCCCACAACAACAGAACCCCCCAGCGAGGUUCCCACAACAUCAGAACCCCCCAGCGAGGUUCCCACAACACCAGCGCCCUCCAGCGAGGUUCCCACAACACCAGCAGCCUCCAGUGGCGCCCCCACAACACCAGAAUCCUCCAGCGAUGCUUCCCCAUCACCAGACGUCUCCACCAGCACUAUGGCCCCAACGACAGUGGACCCCAACGACGAGGAGAGCGCCCGUCUUGCCCUCAAGCAGAUGAACGACGAAAUGACAGAGCUCCUCCGAAACGCCACCUUCGUCGACUGGGAAUACUACAUUGACGUCACGGAUGCGAACGAAGCAGCGUCGAAAGAAGCCAGCCUCAUGGUAGCCCAGAGGUACAAGGAACUCCACGCCGAGGUCAUCGAGUACUUUAACUACGAGAGCUUCGAGGACGAGGUGCUAAAGCGACAGUUCGAGAUGCAGAAGACACUGGGCACGGCGAAACUCGACGAUGCAGAUAUGGCCGAGCUUACCGGCAUUGUAACUGGGAUGACGAACGCCUUCACUAAUGUAGUUUGCCCUUACGACAAACCAGACUGUGACGAAUCUGAGGGUCUUAACAGCGACGCCCUUGAGAACGUGAUGGCUGUAAACCGAGAUUACGAGGAACUGAAGUAUUACUGGGAACAGUGGAGGGAGGUCUCCGGGAAGCCCAUAAAGGAAAAUUAUACGAGGUAUAUCACCCUUCAAAACAAGGCUGCAGAACUGAAUGAAUUCGAUGACGCGGGUUUGAUGUGGUUAGAACCUUACACCAUUGCGUCUGAAAAUUACACGCAAGAGAGCUUCAAACAGGAGAUCGAGGACUUGUGGAACCAGACACAAGGGCUCUACCAGAAACUCCACGCUUACGUGCUUUACAAACUUAAAGAUCACUACGAGGAAAUCGAUAGGGAUGCUGAUGUUAUACCGGCUCAUCUUUUAGGCAACAUGUGGGGCCAGAGCUGGGAAAAUAUCUACGAGAUUGUGAAGCCUUUUGACACGCCGAUACCCAACUUGGACGAUAUUCUUGAAGAGAACAUCAACCUCGAGCAAGAGAUGUUCAAGAUAGCCGAAGAAUUCUUCACGAGCAUCAACCUCUUCGAAAUGACCGAUGAUUUCUGGGAAAAUUCGCUCUUCAAGGAACCCGACCCGCCGAGGAAGGCCAUCUGCCACGCCUCCGCCUGGGACUUCUUCGAUACCGUCAACCCGAGGGAGGAAGGGAGAUUCAGAAUCAAAAUGUGCACAAACAAGAACCAGGAAGAUUUCAUCGUUAUCCACCACGAGAUGGGCCACACGCAGUACCAGAUGGCGUACAGCGAGCCUACUGACCUGCGCCCUCUGGUCUUCAGGGACGGAGCCAACCCUGGUUUCCACGAGGCCAUCGGGGACACCAUCGCCCUCUCGGUCACCACGCCAGCUCACCUCCUCCUCAUCGCCGACCGCCUCACCAACGGGACCUACGGCAUGACCACCGCCGAGGCCACGGACAUGAGCUCCUCUCAGCCGUCGGUGGGAUUCUCCUCCCCUACACCAGGGGAAUCGUCGACGGCAGCCAACGAGGAGAACCAGGGCGCUAGGGCAGAAACGUCUAGCUCUGUCUCUGCCUCGAGCUCUGACUCUACCUCGCCCGGAAGCACCGUGGGCGUGUCCAGUUCCUCAAACGCGCCCCCCGUGAACUCCAGCCCUUCGUCAGUGGCCAGCGAGUCGAGCGGAAGCACCACAGAGGUCGCGGAGACUACGACUGAAAUGCCUUACCCGGAGGAGGACAUCAACUUCCUCAUGAAGACGGCGCUGGCGAAGGUAGCGUUCCUGCCCUACGCCUACAUUCUGGACCAGUACCGGUGGGAAGUGUUCGCAGACAACAACGAGAACAUCGAACUGAACAAACUCUGGUGGGAGAAGCGACUGGACAUCCAAGGCCUCGCUCCGCCCUCUCCCCGCUACCCUUCGACUGACUUCGAUGUCGGGUCGAAGUAUCACGUGCCGACCAGCGUUCCUUACAUCAGGUACUUCGUGGCCCACAUUCUCCAGUUCCAAUUCCACGCCCGCCUGUGCAACGUCUCUGGUUUCGAGGGUGACAUCUACAACUGCGACAUCUAUAACAACACUGAUGCCGGGAACCACUUGAGGGCACUGCUGGAAAAAGGCGCUUCAGAGCCGUGGAAGCAGCAGCUGGGAGAUUUCCUAGGAGCCGAAGAGGGCAACAUGGACGCCUCUGCCCUUCUCGACUAUUUCAAGCCCCUUGACGAUUACCUUACGAACUUCUUGGAAGAAAACGAAAUCACGCCCGGUUGGCGUCAGGGCCAAGUGGAGGGUUACAUGAGCGACGAGCGCGUUCAGAUCCCGGCCACCGUGCCCAUCGUCGUCGGCAUCGUCCUGGCCGUGAUGGUGGUCGUGGUGAUCAUCGCCUAUUUCGUCGGUCGCUCCAGACAGAAGAAGAAGGCGAAGAAAAAUAAAACACCCGCUCAGAUUCCAGGGGAGAACAUCGAGUUGGGUCAGCAGAAGACCGAGUUGUAAGCUGGAAGAAAAAAAAAUGGAUUAAAGAAUAAAAAAAAAAAAAACUUUCGUCAUUUUUAAUUGUUAUUAUUAUUAUUAUCUUAUAUAUUAUUUUUUGUGUGAGUCUCUCCUUGAAAAGAAGAUUUUCGUUUUCUCUGAUUUGGUAUGGUUUUGUUUUUUUUGAGUUAUUAUUUCAUCCUCCCCCCCUUUUUUUUAUAAUUAUUAUGUAAGUUUUUCAUUUCUUCUAAAUUAAACAUUUACAUUAUCAUCUUAUGGAAUUAUUUUAAAGAUUCUCUUUACUUGUGUUUGUCUUUUAUUGUCUCGUUUCAGAUUUUAAGAAUAACUCAAAGAACAUUAUUGGCAUUGUUUAUUAACAUAAAAUUAAUUUAUAAUGAGACAUAUGUGUGUAUGUAUAUAUAUAUAUAUAUAUAUAUAUAUAUAUAUAUAUAUAUAUAUAUAUAUAUAUAUAUAUAUAUAUAUAUAUAUAUAUAUAUAUAUAUAUAUAUAUAUGUACUUCUAUUAGAUUCGAGUUUUAGAAAAAUAGAAUAGUAAAGAUUUUAUAAAGAAAAUAUAAUCAGAAAGAUAUGUAAAUAUUUCUAUAGUGUGUGUUCAGAAGACGGGAAGAGAGCAUUGUUAUAUAUAAAAAAAAGACUAUUUAAUUUCCUUUUAUAAAAUAAUAACUGGUAUUUUCUGCAACUGUGUAUUGUAUUUUCCCCAUAUGUGUGCAAUAAGUUUGUUUGGUGAUGUUUUUUAAGCUUUUAAGACAAAUAGACUUUGAUAGAUUAGUAUAAUGAUGAUGAUGAUGAUGAUGCUGUUGGUAAUGAUAAUGAAAACAUUAAAAAUUAAAAUAAUGGAAUAAUGAUAAUACUGAUAACAGCAAUGAUGAUGAGGAUAAUGGCAAUGAUAGUGAAACAGAAAUAAUAAUUAUCAUUACAAUUGAUGAUAUGAUAAUGAUACUACUAAUAAUUAAUAUUACUACAAAUAAUAAUAGUAAUAAUUGUGAUAAUAAUAAUGAUGAUAAUAAUAAUGUCGACCACAUAUCUUGAGCAAAAUGCUGGCUAUUUUCUUUUCUUUUCAUUAUUUAGUUGUGUUUUUUUCAGUUACAUUCAUAUAGACUUUCAGAUUUUUAUAUCAUGAAUUGUUGCUGUUAUUAACAUUACAAUUGUUAUCGCUGUUAUUAUUAUCGAUGAUGAUGAUUAACAUUAUCAGUAGUAUUAUUAUUAUCAUCCUUAUUAUUGUUAUUAUUAUUAUCAUUAUUGUUAUUAUUAUUAUUAUCAUUAUUAUUAUUAUUAUCAUUAUUAUAAUUACUACUACUACUAUUGCAUUCAUUGUUAUUAGAACUAUUACUCCUGCCACAAUAUUUGUCAUUAUAAUUAUUAUUUCGGUUGACCGGUUGUUUGCAGUGCUAACAGAGGAUCUAACUGUUAAUAAUAUGUAUUGAUAACUUUGCCAUUUCUUAUAAUAAAGGUUUAUUCCUAGA